AUGCUUCGAUCUCCAUCCAAAACACGAACUUCUACCCCAAAUACAGGGGUGUCGCUUCUGCUUAUUCCACUAUCGCCAAUAAAAAUGUCUUUUCCAAGAGCCACAAAAGGAGAACAGAUAUUGCGUUUUCGUUGUCAAAUUAUCCUACACUUUCUGAAACCAACGAGCAAGCUUUUCAGUUCAGUUAUCUCGGUAAAGCCUCAACAGAAUUAUGCCCACCAAUUGUUUGUCAAAAUGCCAAGCAGAGAUUUUUGGUUUGUUACAUCAUUGGUUGCACAUAUGGUCAAUGUAACCUCACCAGAUCUCUAUAAGCUUUUAACAUGUUCAUGGAAUGAGCCCUCUUUAUUUUUAUUUGCUUUUAUUAUUGUUCUUACUCGGUUGAUGCUGGUUGCUAAAAAAAAGUUCAGUGCUUUGGAUGCCCUUGGUUUUGGAAGAUAAGUAACUAAUUGACUUAUUUCUUCUGACGAAAAUGGUAUAAACCGAUUAUAAUUUAUACAGGUGUCUUCUUCUACAUGACAGGUUGAUUUAGUUUGAGUAUACACAUUGUUGACAAACCAUAAGCCCUCAAAUAGGAGUAGUUGAUACCUCUUGCAAAUGGGGUUACUUUUGGGGAUUAUGCAGUAAAAGACACCUCAAGAAGGUUAAUAUCCAACAUAGUUUUUUGUUCUUGAUUGCUUUUAUAUUUUUCUUUCAGGUUUGUGGUGUUAACAUGAGUUUAUAUUCAACAGAUGCAUUAGAACCUCAAGUCACUUCUUUAUAUGCACAUAAACAGUGUCAUACUGAUAAAAUGCUACUUAAUUACCGUUGACACGACAUUUUUUGGUGAUUUAAAUAAUUGCAUUAUGAAGUUGCAUGUCACAGCUGUUCGCAGGUACACAGUUCAAUCUGCAAAAUAUGUCGAGAAGGAGAAGGAUGGUUUACAUGAUUUUUCUGCUGGUAUGGUUCUUCAACAAUUAGUCAGUGACAAAUCUGACUUAUUUAACAAGCAUUCGGUCCAACAUGCUUAAUUUUUUUGGUUCUCUUUAUAACAAAGGUUACUGGGAUUUGGUAUCUAUAUGAAAUAAC